GUGAACUCGGUUGUACAGACAUUUCCUCUCUAUCUCUAAUUGUUGUGUUCGUCUUUUUUAGAAGUCAUAUACUAUAUUCAAAGUAGCUGGUAUGCUUGGAAAGGAGUUUAUAGUCACAUUAGUUAUAUACUUUUUUUACUUCGUGGAAUCUGCAAACAGACUGAAUGAAUACAUAAGCAACUACGAUGUGGUUCGUUAUGAUCGCGAAGAGCUACACAGACAUCACCUGAGAACGAAACGAGGCGCAGCCGACUACCAGCCUUUUUUACAUCUAGAUUUCCAUGCAUUAGGAAGGCAUUUUCAUGUUAGACUAAGAAGAGAUACAUCCAUAUUUUCUGAGGAUUUUGUACUAGAGAACCAUGAGGGACCCCUAGAAGACUUUGAUACGUCAUUUUUUUAUGUAGGAGAUUUGUGGGGUGUGGAGGGAACCAAGGUGGAUGGGUCCAUACUGAAAGGUGUGUUUGAUGGUAAGAUCUACACACCGAAGGGGAACUAUUAUAUAGAGCGAGCACAGAAGUACCUAGAUGACCCCGUACAUCCAUCCAUCAUCUAUGCAGAGAGAGAUGUAGAUGAUGUAUACAGGCACAAGCGUGAGACGGAGGCACCCGGCUGCGGCCUCACCUCCCAGGUAGAGGAGUGGAUGCAUCAAAUACAGACGUCGGCCACCGACGAGGGCGCCACUGAUGCAGCCGAGGGAAGCGCGCAGGAUGAGUUGGCAGCUAAGCGUGAGUCGCUGAGUAAAGUGAAGACAAACUUUGGGCUUGUAGAGAAUAAGUACAGUGAAGAAGCGCAGAGUGAUGGCUACAGUAACACACACGAGACGCAGGCUGGCACAGGCAGGAGAGUGAAGCGUGAGCGACCUGCCACCAACACCUGCUCACUCUUUAUACAGACGGACACACUGUUCUGGGACUGGGUGGGUAAGCGCGAGAACCACGACAAGGAGCGAACGCGCGAUGAGAUCCUGUCGUUGAUCGGCGGUCACGUGAAGGCUGUUAACCGUGUCUACGAGGAGACUCGCCUAGGCAGCUACACGGGCCUGCGGUUCGUCGUACAACGCACCAAGAUACAGCUGGCGCUAUUGGCUUGCCAUGUGCUGCGCAUUAACCGGGACUCCGCCCACUUGAAAAAAUGUCACCAGGCCUUGUGCAAGUGGUAUCUGAUUGUACGAGGGGCGCGCGCAGAUGCAGUUUUGGUAAUCGUUGCCAGGAUCGUCCGGGGAUCUGCGAACGUUACAAAGAGUACACGGAGACGAUCAAACGGUCGCCGACCGCACGUUCAAGAGCCUAACACGGGCAUCGUGACGUUCGUCAGACUACAACAGCCCGCUGCCGGCGAAGGUCUCACAGUCUCACCGAUCGGCACACGAAUCGGGACGGCAACGUUGGCCUCGCCGCACGACUACCCACUGCACUGCCGUCCUGGUGGACCAGAAGGCAACUACCUAAUGUACGCUAGCGCCACCGGUGGCGACCGCUACAACAAUGACAAGUUCUCGGAGUGUAGCGUCGGCAAUGUGUCUCAAGUGCUGGACGCGGUACUGAAUGAGAAAAACGGCAAGAACAAUUGUUUCUCCUCGGACGAGGGUGCAUUCUGCGGUAACAAUCUGGUGGAGGAAGGGGAAGAGUGUGACUGUGGCUACGAGGACGAGUGUAGGGAGGACUGUUGCUACCCUCGCACCACCCACGGCAAGGUGCAGGAGGGAACGCCCUGCACGCUGAAAGCUCACGCCCGCUGCAGCCCGAGUCAGGGCCCAUGCUGCGGACACAACUGCGAGUACUUGCCGGAGAGCCGUGGAUACGAGUGCCAGAGGGCGUCAGAGUGUCACGACGUCUCAUUCUGCAAUGGAUUGACAGCUCACUGUCCCACACCGGAUCCCAAACAGAACCGAACUGCAUGUAACAAGAACACACAAGUUUGUUGGGGCGGGGAAUGCAGAGGUUCUAUCUGUAACAUUGAGGAUAUGGAGCAGUGUUCACUCACUACUGAUGACAACCACAAGGACCGCUCGAAGCUCUGUCACGUAGCCUGCCAGUUGAAAGAUAAGCCGGAGACAUGCACGAGUAGUUUCGAGAUUUCUCAGCUGAUGAUGCUAAACAACAACACGGGCAUAUCGCUGCAGCCUGGUGCACCCUGCAAUGAGUUCCAGGGUUACUGUGACGUGUUUCUGAAGUGUAGAGAGGUGGAUGCCGAUGGACCGCUAGCAAGGCUGAAGAAUCUCAUAUUUAACCAGGACACCUUUAAUAAGAUAGCAACUUGGAUCACGGAUUUCUGGUGGGCCGUUGUGCUCAUGGUCAUAGGACUCAUCUGCUUCAUGGCUCUGUUCAUCAAGUGCUGUGCAGUGCACACACCCAGCAGCAAUCCUAAACAACCGCCAGCAAAGAAGUUCAGCGAUACACUGUCUCACACGCUGCGCCGGCGCCCACGACAGGUACAUGGUCAGCCGACAGUGCAUGCGUCUGCCCCACCCGUCGAGGUCAGGGGAAGCGCUCCUCCAGGGUCCAGCCGGCAGGGCGGGGGACAGUCGCGCGGCCGCGGUGGUGCCGACAGCGAAGGCAAGAGGAAUGACGGUCGUUCGCGAGGCGGUAACUCGAGAGGAGGAGGAGAAGGCGGCGGUGGCAGGGGCCAGCCGAGCGGCAGCAGCAGCAGUGCCAACGUAGCGAAGCAGACGGCGGGAGGCGGGAGCGAAGCAGUGGAGCUGCCGCCGCCGUACGAGCAGGUCGUCUCUCCGGCGCAGCAGGGGCCGCACCGCGGAUACGGCAAGGGCCGCGGUCCGUUCAUGAAGAGCAACAACAUAGAGAUGAAUCCACGAGUCUAG